UUUUCUCUAAACAACAUUUCUUUGAAAAUGUUCGUGAAUUUUGCGUGGUUUCGACUGGAUUUUUAUAGAAUUUUGUUUAUGUCUUGAAACAAAAAUGAGUCCCAGCCUUACAUAAUUCCCAUGGAAUCGACGCUAAGUUAAGAUAAUUACCAGAAGUCUUUAUUUCCAAGAGUUUGUUAGGAUCAAACAUUACUUAUUCACAGCAAGUCUAGACCCGAAGAUGCAGACGUUGUUAUUGAAGCUGUAGUUUUAUGUUAAUGAAAUGUUAAGGACUGCGGAUUCUAACGAAACAAGUCCAUGGCAGAGCUGCGGUGUUUGUCCUGACAAGAGGAUUUUCCGCUUCCCGAAGGAUUUCAGCGCUCAUUUACGACAAUUUCAUUGCACGAAGGAAGGUGGUUCCUUUGUUUGUAGAUAUGGGAGAAAUGGCGUCUGUCCUUCUCUUCCAGUAGACGGAGUUAGCGAUAAAGAUUAUGAAUCACACGUGGAGAAAAACCACAUCAGGUUGGACAAAGCCAUUGAAUUACCAUCACCAAGAGAGGAUCUACCAUUUGCAAGACCAAGGAUUCCACCAAUCGUCUUCAAGGACACGGACAACUUUACAGUAUACUCUUCCACCCAGAAUCUCCCAGCUGUUUUAAAUGACCCUCGCUACAAUAAACGACACGCAGACUUGUUCACCAGGACAUGGGGAGAGGAGUUUGUACCCCAUCCUGUACCACCUCUUACGCUGCUGCAUUCAGUUCCUUUUGCAUACUUUGAAGAUUACCUCAAAAGAAUUGAAAUGAGGUUAAAGCUACACCAUAAACUGAAGAAAACAUUGGAGCCAAGUUUAUCAACUGCGCAACCUGGAGAUACUGGUUUUAGUGCUGCCGCAUUAGCUGCUGCCAGAAGACAAAGUGUUCAAGAUAGAGCGGGGGACAUCAAYGUCAUUCCAAAGGUGUUUAUGCAGCCUGGAUUCAGUCUAGAAAACCCAGAAACCUUCCAGUCUGUUCUCCCUUGGUCUUUAGUGACAGCUGAGCCAUCAAAGGCAGAACAAGAUAGGGCUGGGCUGAUGAACACAACUAGAAACUCUGCUAAACUUUUACAAGAAAAGCUUUCCCACUACCUGGACAUUGUAGAAAUGAACCUAGCAUACCAGAUAUCCUUGAGAUCAGAGGAUUUCUUCAGCGCUAUGGCUUCACAAGAUCAACUACAGGAUCAUAGACCACAGAGUUUGCUUACAUUCAUCAGGUUGAAAAUCAAGAAAGUUUCAGAGGUCCUUUGUCAAGGUAAUCUUGAGAUGCUUAGAUUGACAGCACUGAGGUCCAAGUACUCCACUGUUUAUGAGAAGCUCAAGUUGAUGUCCACAGUUCACCAGACACAGCCUACAAUACAACUUUUACUUGCAACGUCUGAUUUUGUUGGGGCUCUGGAUCUAAUAUCAACUACGCAAGAGGUGUUACAACAAGAACUGGCCGGUAUACAGAGUUUUAGUUUCAUUCACCUCUACCGAGAUGAAGCUUAUUCUACUAUCAAGACCAGUAUCAAACAGACUGUUCAAAGUGUCGUAGCAAGCCUCAAAACUGGCAAUGAGGAGGAAAGCCAAAGCCUGAAUGAAACUAUGAGGGGACUAGACUACGAGCAGUGGCUGCGAAUGCUGAAAGAAGUUUUUCAUGCUUCACUAGAUAUCUUACACAAAAUGAAGAUAUUACAUAAAAGCAUUGUCAGUGUUCUGGCUAUUGCUGCUGGGAACUCUCAGUUGAAGUCUUCUGAUGACCCAGAUGAUUAUAUAACAGAAAAUAUCCGAGAGGAGGCUGAAAAUUUACAGCUAACUUGYGAUGUAGAUGUGCUGAUUACGAAGAGUGAGCUGAAUAAGCUCUCCCAGGAAAGCAAAGAACUGUUGUGUGCAGCAUGUGAAAUGGCACAAGUGAGAUGCGCCAAACUUAUCAACAUCAGAGCAAAGGUAUGUAUCCAUCCACGAGGAAAAGAUCCCAAGUUUUUAUUAGGUACGGCCCAAGAAGUAAGAGCCACAACGACAUCCCACUUGAUGAUCAAUGGCCAGAAAUUCCCAGUAGUCGGGACGGUGCUUUUGCUUCUAAAAAUGGUGGUAGAAUAUUGCCAAUGUGUAGAUGAUACRCCAAUGUUAGCCACAGACAUCAUGAAUAAGCUCUUUGAAAUUCUUAAGUUAUUUAAUUCUCGGACAUGCCAGCUGGUGUUGGGAGCUGGUGCUCUGCAGCUAGUAGGACUGAAGACAAUUACAGUUAAACAAUUAGCAUUGGCCUCAAGGUGUCUGCAGGUCAUAUCUAUACAUAUACCAGUUUUUAAAUCACACUUUGAAGAGCGACUUCCUCCAAAGCAAUACGUGCUUCUGUCACAGUUUGACCAAAUUCGAAAAGACUAUGAUAAUCAUCAAUUAGAACUAAAUGGCAAGAUAGUUGGUUUGAUGGAAGAAGCCUUCAGGUCCUAUCUAUCUCAGUGGGAGGUAAAGCCUCCAAUGCCUUCACAAGCAAUGAGAAGUAUUGUAAAGAAGACUGUUAAAUUACAUGAAUCAUUGUCUACUAUAUCUUCCUCAAACCAAAUAGAGAUAUUAUUUAAAGAAAUCAAAAGAGUAUUUAAGAACUGCUUAGCAGAGAAAUUGGAAGUUCUACGAGUAUCAAAUGAUGGUGGACCACAACAUGGGCUGGUGACAUCAGACUUAGCAUUUUUCAUAGAAAGUCUUCGAUCUCUUCAUGGAAUGAGAGAUAUUGGUAAAGUACUUGACGAYGUGUGGAAAGCAGUAAACGAAUUGAGAAAUGCAAAGAAUUCUCCUGCAACAGGAAGGAAAGCAAGUCUACAAAAAUAAUCUAAUUUCAUUCAAGAAGGGUGCUUUAAUUGAUUUUUAUGUUUGUGGAUUAUCUUGGGGGGAGGGGUGGGGUGGCACUUCAUGAUAAUGUUGAAUUAUAAGAGCAAUGGGUAAAACAGUGACCUAUUUCAAAUUCAAAUUAUCUGUGCCAGUAAUGUUUUGUAUAAUAAAUGAUUACUUCUCACAUGUCAUAUGGCAUAGAAAAACCUUUUUAACUUCAAUAAGCCACAAUCAAACUAUGAAAUGUUUUGGGGUCAUUCAUCAGCUUACCCCAUGUAGAAUCAAUACUGAGAAUAUUGUCACAAGGGUUAUAGGCACUAUAUAGGCACAUAGUAUUAUUUAUCAAAUGUGAACCACAUUUCACCUGUGAAAGGAAAUAUUAAUCUUGAAUGAAUUUAACAAGACGACGGGCUUUUUAACUAUAAAAUGUUGAAUUAAAGAACCUUAAAUAAAAUGUACAUAGACUUACA